AUGGCCAAGGCACCAAAAAAAAAAUUCUCCGCCAGCCCUGCAGGCCCAACUGUGGCUGCCGACAAACACAUGAACUCUGUGUUCAAGUUCAACACCAACCUCGGCCAGCACAUUCUUAAAAACCCGCUUGUCGCACAAGGCAUUGUGGACAAGGCGCAAAUCAAACCCAGCGACAUUGUGUUGGAGGUUGGUCCCGGAACAGGAAACUUGACCGUCCGCAUCUUGGAGCAGGCCCGCAAAGUGGUGGCAGUGGAGAUGGACCCGAGAAUGGCGGCGGAGUUGACCAAAAGAGUCCAUGGAACUCCGCAGCAGAAGAAGUUGGAAAUCCUCUUGGGCGACUUCAUGAAGACGGACUUGCCGUACUUCGACGUGUGCAUCUCCAACACGCCGUACCAGAUCUCGUCGCCGUUGGUGUUCAAGCUUUUGAACCAGCCCAAACCGCCCCGCGUGUCCAUUCUCAUGUUCCAGCGAGAAUUUGCUUUGCGGCUUUUGGCCCGCCCGGGCGACGGCUUGUACUGUCGCUUGUCGGCCAACGUGCAGAUGUGGGCCAACGUCACCCACAUCAUGAAGGUGGGCAAGAACAACUUCCGUCCGCCUCCACAGGUGGAGUCUUCUGUCGUGAGAAUCGAGGUGAAACAGCCCAGACCCAACAUCGACUUCAACGAGUGGGACGGCUUGCUCCGCAUCUGCUUUGUCCGGAAAAACAAAACCAUUGCUGCCGGCUUCAAGUCCAACAACGUGCUUGAGAUUUUGGAGAAGAACUACAAGACGUUUUUGGCCACGCAGAACGACGACGCCAUGAAUGUCGAUUCCCAGGCGGACAUGACGGAAACAGUCAAGCAGAAAAUCGACACCGUGUUGAAGGAGACGGGCUACGCCGACCACAGAUCGGCCCAAAAUGGACCAGACAGACUUCUUGAAGCUUUUGUAUGCCUUCCACCAGGUGGGGAUCCACUUUGCCUAGCCUAG